CAGAGCGCGGAGGGGAGGGCUGAGAGUUUAUCCAUGGCUUAGAGAGGAGGAGAGGAUCCAGGCGGUUAGGCUCAGGCAGGCUGUGGCUCAUCUGCAGGACGGAGACGCUGAGCUAAGAGCAGCAGCUCCUUCAAAGAACCCAGUGUUAGUAGGAGGAACCCGCAGGAGUCUGAGCUCAGAACUGAUCCACACUAGAACUUCAUCAGCUUCAGGCAUGGCGCCGGACGUGGAGAGGAUCAUCCAGAGCAUCGGCCUUGGAGACCAGGACGCCGUCCAGCUCCUGCUGGACAACUACAACACCCAGCAUGCAGAAUGCUUCUUCUUCAACACUGAGGCCCAGGAGAGGAAAAAGCAACAAAGACUGGAAGAGUUCAGGAAGAACAAGAUAAGGGACUGCGCUCCUGACUCGGAUUCAGACAUGGACUCGGACGAUGAGAAGCCGGACCUUCUUCUCAGAGAGGAUCUGGCUGCAGCCCUGCUGUGCUUCGUCAGUGGUCAGCUGCAGCCUGGAGUGUUACGGGCUUGUCUUCAGACUCUGCGGAUCCUGUCCCGUGAUCGCAGAGCCCUCAGGCCGAUGGUCACGGAUAGUGCACUUUUCAUUUUGGCACAUCUAGGAGGAAUUGAUCUACUGCAGCCCUGCCAGCAGCAGGACGGGAUGACCGAAGCUCAGCGGGACAGAACACAGAGAAGUGACUGUCAGGGAUCAACAGAUGCUGAUGAGAGGUGUGACGUUUCCUUUUCCGAUCCCAACAAAGAGGCUAGUGGUUUGGAUACAAACGACUGCUAUGGUCACCGCCUUAAACAGCGAGAAAACGAGGGCCCCCUGGUGCUCGCUCCUGGGAAGAAAGACGCCCGGGAAGAGGAGAGCGAGGAAGAAAGGAAGGAGGAUGAUGGGGAUGUGUGCAGGAAGGAGGCCAUAAAAGUCUUAUGUAACAUCAUUUACAACAGCCCCCGGGCUCAAGAGAGAGCCAGCGCACUCAGGCUGCUGCAGGGAUUGUGGGAGAGUCUGAAGCAGGGGAUGUGGAGUAGGGCGCCCCCAACUGGCCAGUUCUACAAGCUGAGGCUGCUCUUCCUACUAACAGCCCUGAGGCCUGAGCUCAGGCUGCAGCUGCAGCAGGAGCGCGGGGUGUUGGUUCUGACCCAAGCCUUGGAGCAAUGCCUGGCGUUGAGGUGGUCCUGGCUGGUCGCUGACAGCAAAGCCCCGCCCAUUUCCCAGGAGGUGUCCCAGGAUGUCAUCGAGAUCCUCAAGACCAUCUUCAACAUCGCUCACAGGUUCUACCGGCAGGAGCCGGAUGAGGAGGAGGCUGCUCUGUAUCGCCACCUAGCAGCCGUCCUACGCUACUGUUUGCUGCUGUCGUGCGAUGGACCCGACACACGGGAGGAGCUGCAAGGGCACACGGUGAACAUCCUGUCAGCUCUGCCCCUCACCUGUCUGGACGUCCUACUGGCCGUCCCUGUGGACCAGGCAUCCCAUAAACAUGAAGGGAUCAACAUGGACUGUGUCCACGCGCUGCUGCUCUUCAUGGACAGACGGCUGAACAGGGGUCUGAAGCUGAAGGAGAAGCUAACUCCUGUCCUGAGUUUACUGACAGAAAGCUCUCGGGUUCACAGGGAAACUCGUCACUACUUACGACAAAAGAUUCUGCCUCCUCUGAGGGACGUGGCAGUCCGUCCCGAGCAGGACAACACGCUGAGAGGCCAGCUGGUCCGCCUGAUGACCCACGUUGACACGGAUGUAAAGGACUGUGCUGCCGAGCUGCUGUUUGUCCUCUGCAAAGAAAACGUCAGCCGCUUUGUGAAAUACACCGGUUAUGGCAACGCUGCGGGGCUGCUGGCAGCUCGGGGUCUGCUGAACGGCAGGAGGAACUCUGGUGACGGCCUGCUGGCCCCACACUACUCCAGCGACUCGGACUCGGACACAGAGGAGUACCGGGACGCCAGGUCUAAGAUUAACCUGGUGACGGGCCGGGUGGAGGCGGAGCAGCCCGAUCCGAUGGAAGGCAUGACAGAGGAGGAGAAGGAAGAGGAGGCCCGUCGUCUCAUCUGCAUGAUCAACAGACUAUCACGAGACCAAAUCAUUCAGCCGAUGGGGGUGACAGCAGAUGGCAGACUGGCUCCUCUGUGGGGCCAAAUGAGAGGCUGCACAGAGGAGCUGGAGGAAGAGGAGGAAGAGGAGGAUGAAGAAGAGGAGGAGGAAGAGGAGGGGGAAGAAGAGGGGCAGGAUUUGAAUUCGAAGCCACAGGGGUCAAAGGACUAAGCAAGUUUUUCCUCAUAGAUUCAGAGAGAAAUAAGUAAAACACGGAGCUGCAGGAUUCAGAGAUUAUUUAAUCCCACUGAAAUACAGAAGGUAAUCCUGCAGUAUGCUGCUGCUUCACACUCAAACUACUUCAGAUGUUAAUCCAUAGUGAUCCUUCUGUGAUACGUGAAAGUAGGAUAAUGUGUCCAAAUGAAUGAACCAUUACUGUGUAGAAAUAAUUCAAUUAGAUGAAAGAAGGAAGCUCUAUGUUUGUUUUCUCUGUUCAGCAUCGAGGAAGUUUAUCUGAGCUAACGGCUCUCUGUAGACUAUGGAUGGUAUGCAGAACAAAAACAAUAAAAUGACUGUAAGA